AUGAGGAGUAAAGCUAAGCAGAGAACUAAAAAGAUAAUGAGAUCUAAAGGAUCAGAUACCCAGAUUCGUCGAAACGAAAUAGAAAUGUUUUUUCAUAAAUUACAGCAAGUAGUAAAAGAAUCUCGUAAUGAUGGUCAAAUCUCGCAAGAUUGUACUCUGCUUCAUACCAACAAUAAGAAACAGGCAUUGCCAGAAAGAGAUUCUACAUUUAUCCAUACGAACACUCGCAAUGAAGGCCGCGAUAAUUAUACGUGUCGUUGCAAAUAUCUUUCAGAAAUACCGUCGAAUAUGUUUCCGCCGUUCUACAAGAGGAUAUCUAGCUCUAUAGGACGAUAUGAGGUUGAAUUGAAUUUUAUUCAGGCUAUAGUUUGGUUGAAAUCCGUCACUGCCUGCAUACCUCAAAUAUCAGUCGAAAAAUUGCAACAGUUAUUUGAUAAGCAAUGCAAUAUGCGCGAUAACUAUAAUUAUGAUGAAAAUAGACAUGUCAAAGAUGUUGAUGUUGAAUCGUCAUUAACAAUUCCUAUAAAUAAAACUCCAUCAAUACACGAGAUGCUCAACAACAGUGAAGAAUUCAUAACGUCGAAUCUUAGAAAUAUUUUUGAUUCCUCAUAUAAUGUUAUAUCUCCAAUGAUUUAUAAAUCAUAUAUCGAGCCUGAAGAUAUACAAAGCCAAACAUUUGACUUUAUAUCCUCUUCGAAAGAUCGAAAUGAAUCGGUCGCAGAGUUCUCGAAGCCAGAAACAAAUACUUACGCCAUGACCAAUCAAAAAAGGAGGAAAGAAUUUUUAUCAAAACCUUGUAUAAUUCCGGAUUUAUAUGAAGAUCCCUUGUCGGAUAUGAAUGACUUAUUUGAAGAAUCUGAUAAUAUGCAAAAACAUCAAAAUUAUGAAAAUGAGCAGAUAUCAUCGAAAAAUUCUAAUAAACAAGUAAAUAAUGAAAUUACCGAAGACAAAAGUAUCUGUCCUACUUCAAAGAAGCCAGAAACAAGUACUAGUCACGUCAUGACAAACCAAGAAAAGAGGAAAGAAUUUUUAUCUAAACCUUGUAUAAUUCCGGAUUUAGAUGAAGAUUCUUUGUCGGAUAUGAAUGAUUUAUUUGAGGAAUCUGAUGAUAUGCAAGAGCAUCAAAAUUUUGAAAAUGAGCAGAUAUCAUCGAAAAAUUCUAAUAAACGAGUAAAUAAUGAAAUUACCGAAGACAAAAGUAUCUGUUCUACUUCAAAGAAACCAGAAACAAGUACUAAUUACGUUAUGACAAACCAAGAAAAGAGGAAAGAAUUUUUAUCAAAACCUUGUAUAAUUCCGGAUUUAGAUGAAGAUUCCUUGUCGGAUAUGAAUGACCUAUUUGAGGAAUCUGAUGAUAUGCAAGAGCAUCAAAAUUUUGAAAAUGAGCAGAUAUCAUUGAAAAAUUCGAAUAAACGAAUAAAUAAUGAAAUUAUCGAAGACGAAAGUAUUUGUUCUAUUUCAAAGAAUAAUGCUGACAUUUCGAAUGAACAUAGAUCUGUUUCACUGGCAAGAUGUCAAUCUUUUGAGUCAAUUCUUAAUUUAAAAUAUAAUUUUGAUGACGAAUACAUUACACCAAUGACAAGCCAAUACGAUGCAAAUAACAAAAUGAAGACGCCAGAUUACCAUAAUCCUACUAAUUUUACUAAUUAUUUAAGUAACAUAAAUUUUUCUGAAAUAAUUUCUCCAAUUUCCUGUAUGAUACCUCGGGAGCAGAACAAAGCCAAUAAUUUUCAAACCGGUCAAGCGCAAUCAAAAACUUUACAUGAUUAUAAUGACGAAGAUUUCGAAUAUGAUAUCAACGAUAACAGUCUCUGUACAUCGAUGAGUGAUACCGCUGCUGAAAACCAGGAUCAUGACAGUGCAUACAGUACAUGGAAAAUUGAGACACUUAAUUAUGAUGCUGCAAUAACAACGAAACCUAUUACCGCUAAUAAGCGCAAAUCGAAUGCUAAUAUCGGGUGCCAUUAUAAUCUACGAUCUCAUAAGAAGCACAUAGAAGUAACGGUUUCUCCUUCAUUGAUACAGAAACCGGUACGUAGACGACCUUCUGCGGGAAAGCGAUGUUCAUCAAAGAAGCGUAAAUCGGAACCUGCGAAGGAUCUGUCAAAGAAAAAAAAGGGGAAUAAAGAUGAAGUGAUCUCUGCCAGCUGGUUGGACUUUACUAUAGAAUUGUUGAAUUCAGAACACGUAAUUCUUACAUCAGUCAAGAUAAUCCUUUCGACGCUUUGUGACAAGAAAACAGCGCAAGAAUAUGCCGUACAUAGAUGUUGGAAGGAUAGUUUGGAAGAGCAAGCUAUAAACGCGGUGUUGAAUAUAGUGGAUAUUCUUAAGAUGGAGAAGAAGCCCGAUAUAUGCGCAAAACAAAUCGAAAAGACGAUAAUCGAAACUUUGGACGAGAUGCUGACAAGUUUACAAUUAAAUGAGACAUUUAUAUGGAUAUAUCGCAUACAAAUAAUUCUAAAAUUUUGUAAUCUGUUGUCGAUAUGCAUCAAAACGAUAAAUUAUCUGAUUAUAAUGUUAGAAACGCUUCAAUACGUGCUGAUCAACGCAGCGAACGAAAAUGAACGGACUACAGAAAUUGAAAUAAAUCAGUUGCAUUUAGUAUCUUAUGCGCUAGACAUGGCUUUACGGACAUAUCGUAUAUUAGUACCAAGAGACAAAAAAUCUCAAUCCGCGGAAAAUGCGAUACCUUACGUCGCAGAUCUUUGGAAGAUGCGCUAUAGAAUUGAAAACGAGAAACUCGAAGAUACAAGCUUCGAUCUAGAUGCUACUGAGAAAAAAUGGAUAAACGUAUUACAAAAGUUCACAGUAGUAUCCGUGAAACAUUUGGUACAAUUCACUGACAUUUCAUUUUCGCUAUAUCACAUAUUAAUCUCGGCUUAACAUGAAUAUGACAUAACGUAUGACUUCUAACGUACGAGUUGCUGUAUUAAAAAGUUAUGUUUAGUUUCUAUAUUCUUUUUAGCGUUUAACAAUUAAAAAAUGUU